UCACCGCCAGCGUCUCUCGUAACGUUGCCAUUAGCUAUGGACUACUACCUUGCCUUCUCCGUUCCGAUUCUCUUGCUUCUUGCUCCUCAGCAGUCCGAAGCUGGCGGCCGCAGGACCCUGCAGCUCNCCGCCAGCUUCACGGACCGUUGGGAUUUGCGCGUCGGUGGUGGCUCCUAUGGGCUACGAGUGCCAAGAGCAUGAGGUGACAACAGAAGAUGGGUACAUAUUGAGCAUGCAGAGGAUACCGGAGGGGAGAGAUGGAAGUGGGAGCAGGGGAGAGAGUAUGAGGCAGCCUGUGUUGCUGCAGCAUGGAGUACUCAUGGAUGGCAUGACAUGGCUAUUGAACUCUCCAAAAGAAUCCCUGGCCUUCAUUCUCGCAGACAGCGGUUUUGAUGUUUGGGUUGCCAACAUCAGAGGUACAAGAUGGAGCAGGCGCCAUGUCUCUCUCGAUCCCUCAACCUCGGCGUACUGGAAUUGGUCUUGGGAUGAGCUUGUUGCUUACGAACUCCCUGCAUUAGUUAGUUUUGUGCAUCAGCAAACUGGUCAGAACUUGCACUAUGUUGGGCACUCAUUGGGAACUCUGAUAGCUUUAGCAUCUUUCUCUGAGGGGAGGUUGGUGAACAACUUGAAGUCAGCUGCACUGUUGAGUCCAGUGGCAUACUUGACUCACAUGACCACCCCUUUGGGCAUUCUCGCAGCUAAAGCCUUUGUUGGUGAAAUUAUAACCAACUGGCUAGGAAUUGCUGAAUUCAAUCCCAAAGGGGCAGCUGUAUCAAGAUUCCUGAGCACUCUCUGCCACAAUCCAGGGAUAGACUGCUAUGACCUUAUGACAUCCUUUACAGGAAACAACUGUUGCCUCAACGCGUCAACGGUUGAGCUAUUCUUGCAAUAUGAACCGCAGCCUACAUCUACAAGGAACAUGGUGCAUCUGGCUCAGACAUUUAGAGAUGGCGUCCUCACCAAAUACAACUACGAGAACAGAGUCAUCAAUAUCGAAAAAUACGGUCAAGGCUACCCUCCAAUCUACAACCUCUCAAGCAUACCGAACAAUUUCCCCCUUUUCCUUAGCUAUGGUGGUCGUGAUAAACUCUCUGAUGUUGGAGAUGUUAGCCUCUUGCUCGAUGAUCUCAAGCUGCAUGAUGGAGAUAAGCUCACUGUACAAUUUGUUAAGGAUUAUGCACAUGCUGAUUUCGUCAUGGGAGUAUCUGCAAAGGAAAUAGUCUAUAACGCAAUCAUCGCCUUUUUCAAUCAUAAUAAUAACAAUAGAUGAAUGAAAGAAAUUUACAGACAAAUAUCUAACUGGUGAUGUCAAAAGAAUAUGAGUUGUGGUUCUGGCCAGUUUCAUAAACGAGGCUUAGUAUACCUAAAAUACUGAUGAAAAAUGGCCAUAAAUUGUGACUUAUUGUCUUUGAUGUAAUGAGUACAUUUUAUAUGGGUUUCUGUAUUGUUAAAUCUGAAAUAAAAAAUGAAGCACCAGAUUAAUAUUCA